CUUCUCAGUGGCUGCACCUCUGCCUGUCUCAUGCCCCUUCCUCCGGGCCUGCUGAGGACAGCCGGCAGCCCACACUGCCCCCUGGGGUCUGUCUCCUUGAGAGCAUUGUUGGACAGAGCCCUUCCUUCCUGCUCGCUCCCAGGGUCGGGGGCUCCGCGCUUCCUUCCCAGGCCAAGUGAGCAGAACCUGGGCCGGGGCACGGUCUGUUGCUGGGGCUCCUCCCUCACACUUCACAGGGGGAUUCUGAGUCUCUACCUUUCAGACCAGCUUCCGGAGGACACAGCUCUGGAGGGGGGAGGGCGGAGGGCCGGGGCAUGCGCAGAGGGCCCUGGCCCCAGGGCCACACGGGACCUGGCGUCCUCCUCCUCUGGUCCCCUGGCCCACCAUCUCUUCUGUGCCUUAGUCACACAUGAAAGCUCCCACUCCCCAGGCCUUCGGUCUGCCCCAGACGCCCCCCUGUUCAGCUGCUGGCACUCAGAAGGUCCUACAGUGCUGGGCCAAGUGCCCUCAGGCCUCGGGGGUGGCUGGGGCCGCCCAUCCCCUGCCCUUGCCCAUUGCCCACCUCUGCACGGUGUGCGCCCCUGGAGCUUCCCUGGGCCGGAGCCCCCGUGCAGGCCGGGCUCACUCUCAGCGGGCAAUGCCUGCGUGUACAGGCUGGGUGUCCCAUCCCCAGGUGGCAUUUGGGCUGGGGCUGCCUGCACAACCCGGGGAAGGGACAGGCUGAGCGAGGAGGGCCCCGACUGUGGCUCCGGAACGCCCCUGUGGCACCUCUCUCCUUCCAGCCACGCCUGGAGCGAGCUGUGCCGAGGGUCGAGUGGGGGUUCUGUCCCAGUCAUCCUUCCGGGCUCUUGGCCCUUGCGACCAAGCCAGCCACGCUGGGCCCCUGUCUGGUGGGCUUGGCCAGCCAGUACCGAGCUGCGGGUUGCUGCAGGCUGUCCGAGAAGGCCCUCUGUCUGUCCCCACUCCCACCGCUUCCUCCCUCGAAUCAGUUUCCCUGAUCCCCCUUCCAGGCCAAAGUGUGCGGCUGACUCCCUGCCCCCGGCCUCUGCCCGCCCUGGCUUGCCCUCCAGCUCGGCGGCAGGGCACCGGCGGCCGCCCGGGGAGAUGGGGCCGGGGCCUCGUGCCUGACCACGCUACCCCUUCCUCCUAGGAUUCGUAGCCUAACUCGUCUUUUUUUUUUUUUUAAUUUUUUUUCCUGAUAGAAUAGCUCUUUGUACAUACAAAAUACUUGAACAAUUAACUGUAUGACGUAUGAGAGACAGAGCCCCUAGUUUUGUAUCGCUUACGACUGCCACGAGCCCCCCCGGAAAGCCACUCUAUUUUGGUCUCCGUGACAUUUUCAGUGCGUGACAGGAGUGAGCGCACGAAGUGAGAGGGAUAUAUAUAUGAGAUAAUAUAGAUUGUAUUGAAAUCU